AUGGCUAAUGAUACAGAAGAAUGCUCUCGUAUUGCAGUAACAUAUUUUAUCAAGGGGGUAAAUGCACAGCUGUGGCGCUCCAAUGCACUCAUAGCUGCCAACGCCAUUCUUGUCCUGAUCAUGGUGGCAAUCAGUGCCUCCGGACGGCACUAUCAUCAGGUCGGAGUGACCCGCUUCCUCUUCCGGGGAGCCACAACACUCUACCUUCCCAUCAUCUCCUAUGUCACGUCCUCCAUGGGCAAGUACUACACAGAAGGCUUGGACGUGCAAUGCUCUGGCCAGACAAACAUAGUUAUGCUCCUAAUUUGGACGGUCCUUGUCCAAAUUGUUGGAACCAAUACAAGUGCAACCAUCGUUGUUGAUGGGAAAGACCGUCAAAACCAUGGCCCCUCAAUCGAGUUACUCGUUCGCACAAUCUGGACAUCAUAUCUUGUAUUCUACUAUUCACGUCUUUAUUUGAUCUUGUUACCUCGCACCAGUGAGCAAAAAUUUUGGAACUUCCUCAUUGUCCUCUGUGUUCUUAGUUUGUUCAAAGUUACACUCAAAUUCUAUGCAUUUCAGAAGGCAAGAAGGUCUUUCGCUCUUGGCCGCAACCAUCGUCUUGUUGAUGGAUAUAUGACACAAUUAAUAGGAGAGAGCCACCGAGCAUCUGAAGAUGAGUUGAUUCCACCAUUUAUUGUGAUGGGUGAAGAGAAGCAGGAAAUUGAGAAAACAUUUCAUGGGUAUACCAUCAAGAAGAGGAAUAAUAGCUUGGUCACCAUUGAUAGAGUUUGGCAAAUGGCAACCGACAACGACAUCCUUUUGGCCCGUUGCCCGUGGCUUCGAGAUUUAUGCCUUUCAUUUGCUUUAUUCAAGCUGCUUAAACAUCAGUUCGCAAAGUGUCACCUCACCGUAUUCGGCUCUAUCAACGCAUUCAAUUUUGUCCUAAAUGUACUGGUUAACAAGGGAAAUCCGGACACGGUAUUCAGAGUCAUUGCAGAUGAGGUAUCUUUUGUGCUUGAUUAUUAUUAUUCAUCUCUCCCAACUUCAAGCUUUGGACGACUGCUGCCAGUUCUUAACAUCAUUGUCUCCCUCUCAAUUAUAAUUUGGUGCUUGCUUGUCAUGCCAAGGAUGUCAAUGUUUUUCAUACGUCCACUUUCACACAGUCAGAUAUGGUGCUUCACACCUUGCAAGUUACCGAAGGACAUAGAAGCCAUCAGGUGGAAUAUGGAUAAUCACAUGUUAUACUUCGGCAACUUGGUUCUAAGCUUCUUGCCCACAUUUUUGCUAAUUGUAGCGGUUAUAUUUGUUGAGGCAUGGCAGAUCAUAUCCUACUUGUGCUCCAACUGGUUCAAGUUAACCCUGUUUAGUAGCUAUGUGACCCAUGUCUCUUGGCAACAAUCUCCUUGCAUGCGGAGAUUGUUUGGUCUUGUUCUCAAGUUCAAGAUUAAGUUCAUGCAGAAUUGGACUGAUCAAAUGGGUCAAAUAUCACUAGUAGCACACUCACAACCAGAAAAAUGUGUCUUGAGCCAACCGUUCUUUUACUUCUCUAGCCCAAGGCCGAGGGUGCGGCGGAUCAAUAUACCAUCAGAGGUGAAAGCCUCAAUUAUUGACACACUGAAAAGUAGUAAAGGUUGCUUGAGCAAAGGCACCGCUGCCCUCCUGGACAAUGGGAUAGGCAAUCAUGUUCUCUGGGCAUGCGAAGAACAAGACAUAUCCCAUAUUAUCCUUGUUUGGCACAUAGCCACCGACAUCUUCAAGGCCGGGCAUGGAGCUUCAACCGAUUGCUCAGCCGACAAGAAGACCGCAAUGCAUAUGUCACAAUAUUGCGUCUACAUGAUGGCAUCCACUCCCGAACUACUGCCACCAGACAAGGGAUGGUCCAAGAAAUUAUACAAGAUUGUGAGCGAAGAUAUCAAGCAUACUUUCGCCGGUGGGAGUGUGUCGGUGGAAUAUGACAUCAUGGUGCAACUCCUUGGUGAGGAAUCCAGGCAUGAGGUAGUGAAGAGAGGAGCAAGGCUGGGAAAGCAGCUGGUGGAGUUGAUUCCAGAUGAGGAGACGGGGUGGCACAUAUUGGCUUGCUUCUGGUCUGAGUUGAUCUUGUAUGUUGCUCCCUCUCAUAACGUCAACGCACAUAAGAAGGCACGUGCCCAUGGUACCGAGCUGGUGACGCUCAUAUGGGCCUUGUUGAGGCACGCCGGGGUCAUUGACAGGCCCGACACCCAAGUUGUCCCUUAG